AUGAUGGCUGGCAAUAGUAUAGAUGACUAUGGAAAUUCAAAUAGAAAUACAACAAAUAAUGACGACGAUGACUCUUUGGACGACAGUGAAGAUUGUGACGAAGUCAUUCCAACUCCAUCCACCAUCAACAGUGAUGUUACCGAUGCUCCACAUCUAACUGAAGAGCAAAAGAAGAUUAUAAAUACAACUUAUGGUCAUAAGACAAUAGGAACUUUGGGUGGAUUCUGUCUACUCAUUGGUAAUAUGACAGGCCCUGGAAUGGUUGGAAUAGCAUUACAAAUGCAGCAAGGUGGAUGGUUGCUGUCUAUAUUCACAUUCAUGUUAAUCAUGGUCGUUAGUACAUUCGCUGCUCUGUUCCUUACAGAGUCCAUGGCAUCUAUUCCUGGUAACUCCAGGUUUCAGUUGCGUGUCGAGUUUAGUAUGUUGGUACGAUUCUACUUUGGUAAAUGGGGAUACAUCCUUGCACAGGUGUUUAUCAAUGUUGCAUUACAGGCAACAAACAUUGCCUCGAUUAUAGUAUGUGCACAAGUUAUGGACUCGAUGAUUGUGUUCAUAUUCAAACGUACGUGUGGACUGGAGAUGUAUCCACAUGCCUUCCACUGGACCUGUGUCGAUCAGCUCACUGGCACGACGUCGCCCUUUGUCGACAUGUACAUGUUCUUCACAAUUGGCUACCUUAUUGUACUGGUCAUCAUCAUCCCACUUGGAUUCCUCAAUCUGGAAGACAACAUCAUUGUACAGAUAGCAUCGUUUGUCAUCAUGUUGAUCAUCACCUCCUCGUGGGUUGUCAUGUUCUGCAUGCACGGUUUGAACACUGACAACCUGCCAACGUUUGGAAGUGGGCGUGGAAUGGCCGAACUGAUCGGUAACGUCAUGUUCAACUAUGCAUACAUCACAACCAUACCAAGUUGGGUCAAUGAAGCUAAACCAUCGGUAAAGAUUAGCAAGACAGUUUGGAGUUCUGUUGCAUUCUCAACGGUGAUCUUCUUGGCUAUUGGUAUCUUUGGAAGUCUGUCCUUUGGCAACAUGCCAACAAACUCUGAUAUUCUAAGUAUCAUCAACAGCUCACCAGAGGCCAAUGUCUUCUCCAAGAUAUGUGUCUACAUCUUCCCAUUUGUAGUACUGGCCUCAUCGAUCCCCGUGUUCUCCAUCGUCGUACGAUACAACUUGAUGCAGAACAACCUGUUGCCUAGAAGUGUGGCCAACUUCAUCUCUGUUAUCCUGCCCUGGCUGAUCGUCAUCCCGUUCAUGACUGGUGAUGGCCUGAACCUCAUCACACAAUGGUCCAGCAUCAUAUUCAGUUCGAUCGCCAACUUUAUCAUCCCACUGAUAAUCUACCUGCAGUCAAUUAGAUUCCGUAAGAAUCAUCGCCAUAUGACUGCAGAGCAACGAGCUAUAUUGAAGUCAUUGAUGGUGGAGUCCGUCGACUGGGAGAAGAACAUCAAUGCAUUGCAACGAGAGGCUGAUCAAUCGAUGUACCGAGCAGCCAAGAGGUUCACCAUUCGUCUCUGCAAACGAGUAGCAAUGGCAUCACUCAUAAUUCUAUCUAUUCUCAUUCCCCUUGUAAUAGUUACUACAAUCAUCUUUGGAUCAUGA